AUGGGAACGAUCCCUCCAACGCUUUUAAUGAGCAUGUAUUUGUCAGAAGUAGCUUUAUAUAUCAAUUUUCUCGAUGAUUUUUUUCGUAAAAAAACAGAUCAUGACACUGUUGACAGACUAUCAUCACAGUCCUUGGUCGAAACAUGCUUGCAACUACUCGACAAAGAACGAAUUGAGUUGCUGACUGUCCAAGUAGCAACAAUGAUUUCUACUGUUCUUUCCACAACUCCUCAAACAGAUAUCGAUAAAAGUGAAAUUUUUCGACUUGAACAAGCCUUACUGACAAAGACGGGUAUAAGUGAAUCUGCACAUCCUGUUGUCCUUGAAUGGCUUAACUAUCAAGAUGACAAAUUCUUUUGCUCAUUUGCCUAUCAAGGUGCUUUACUAUUAGCCUCAUCCAAAAUUUGGACACCAACGGUUAUCAAAAUAUGUUGUGAUCUACUUAGUAGUGAAAAUGAUCCGCUUCGUGAUAGAGCUGUCAUCUUAAUUCGUAAUCGAAAAUGGUGCUCUGAAAAUCAAAGUAUCAGUAUAGUUAUCAACUGGUUUUCUCAGUGGAACAAGCAAGAAACAAAAUCGAUCGCGCAAGUUGAACAUCUCUUUGCUAUUCUCGACAUACAAACGAUCGUACAAGUAAGCACUUGUUUACUUGGUUUUUGUACAGUUGUGGAUAGUUGUUAG